CUGAAACACGUGUUUUGAAAACGUUUCGCGGUUAUUAAUUAAAAGCGGUAGGAUUAAGCACAACAGGACAAAUAUUAACUCAAGAUAUCAGUUGAAACCAUAUGGUAAAAAUUUACAUCGGAGAGAAAACAAAUGCGAUAACUGUCGACGAGAUUUAAAUUUUCCACUAAGAUACAGGCAGCAUUUAGAAAAAAGCAUUUACAAAGUAUAGAAAUAAUUUGUCUGUCAAAAACGAAAUAUAUUCAAUUUCUCAAGAGCAAUACAACUUUUCGGUCAAAAGAUAUCGAAUCACACAACCAUACGGACAACUAUAUUUACAACUUUACAUACAAAUAUUUAUUUGUAUUUGCCGGUGGAUUUUGAACAGCAGCGCAGUGGGUGUUCGCAUUCCACAUCUAUACAUGUGGAAAUCAGCGAAUUAAACGCGCGAGGAUACCAACACUUUCAUUCUGUCUAGUACAAUGAGCGCGCACAUGUACAACCCACGUAAAUGCAAAAGUCUAAUAUCUACGAACUUGUAAGGCAUAAAUAAAGUGCACUAAUGUCGGUACGACGGUACGAUAUAUAUUUACACGUAGUACCUGUUUAACUCUUAAUAAAUAUGUGUAUAUUCCGUCGAGUGGAACUUGAGGACGUUAAUGGAGAAAGAUAAUUUACACGCCGCGCAUAUAAAGGCUACGUAAAAUCGCUAAUGAACAAUAAACAUACUUUUUAGGUUUUUUUCCCCCAUUUUCUCUAAAUGUCUAAAUAUUCGUUUCAAGUUUGAAUUUCAAGAAGUAGAAAUCGAAUGCAAAAGUGAACCUUGGAUUAAAAAGCGCCGAACUUGAAGUCAUCCAUAUGACCUAAAUCAUUGUGUCGACGCUAAGCUGUCAAAGAAACUUUUGGAAAAGUUCAACAAUCUUUUGCGGAAGGUUUAGAAAACUAAUCUUUUGGUGACUUUUAGAGAUAAAAAUGCUAAUAAUUGACGCUCAGCGUCGACGCUAACUUCAGAAACACGUGAAUGAAAAUACUGACAUAAGUAAAAAACCAUCAUUAAAAUUUCGAUUUAGUUCCACACUUUUACGACCAAAGAAGCUAAAUUCAAGAACACAACAAAAAUUCCGUAAAUCCAGCAAUUAUUUCAUCAUUAUUCUCUUUUCUCGGCGCAAAUAAUGAAAAACUUGUUUCAUUCGUUACACGAGUGCAAAAAUGUUGUUCGCAAAAAGCCGGAACCUUGUAAAAUAGUAAACAAAUCGCGGAAAUGGAUGAGAUAGGGUAAUGAGAGCCGCUGUUGGUUAUAAAGGCAAAGGAGGAGAAGAAGAAGAAGAAGGAGCGAUUGAGCGCGGGGGGUAGAGUGUAUGGCGCUAGCCAGAUGUCGUGUCGCGCCGCUCAGCGUCCGAGACGACGCGAGUCGCUGGGUCUUGUGAAUCUGUUUUGCGAAUAUAGUGUGUGUGUGGGUGUUACUGUGAGCGCGUGCGGUAGCAAAUCUUUCAAUGUGUAUUUCAAUGUGUUUUUGCGUAUGUAUCGCGUUUGCGUUUAAGUGGGCGAGAGAGGCGACCAGCUGUGCCGCGCCACGAUUCACCGUCGCCGCGCUGUCGCGACUCCCACAGUACACACAUAAUAUAUAACAGCGGAAUACUUUUCUAGUCUCUCAAACCGAUUGAUACUCUCCGAGAGUUGGAGAAAAAACAAAAUGAAAAUCCUCCUCUUAGUGAUUACAUUUGAUAGCAGCAAACUUCAGUUUCCUCUACGCGUUAUCACGCGUAUUUUUUUGUGUAUCACGUCACGAAGAUAAUUAGCUUAUUCUAAUUCUAUCACUACUAUUGUAUUCUAGCUAUUUUUGUACCUUUUUUGUAUUUGUAAGUUUUUGUUUCUACAUUCAACAAUUUCGGAUGGUAAUUUUCGUUGUUUAUUAGGUCCCAAGUUAUCACUAGUGCACCACCCGUAAUUCAUUCUACUUUAUCAAUUCGAUUGUUUGUCUCCUCGCCCCAAGCAUUAUUAUGCCCAUCGUUUAUUGUUAGCCACAUUAUUAUGUCCAUUGUUUGUUAUAUUUGCAAAUUUACAGUCGCAAUUGUUAGUUAUAACCACCGUCAAUGUUUCUAUUAGUCUAAUACGUUAAUGUUGCAACUAUUUAUUACACAAUGCUCUGCUAUUUCAAUUGUUCCAAAACUGCUCCAAAUGCAGUUGAUGGUUUUCAUUAUCUUCUUUAAAAAAAUAGUACUUUUUAGAAUUCUUGUAGUUGAACUCUUUAAAUCUUCUAAUCUUCGAAAACUCUUCGAAUUCUCAUAGUCGCCGUUUUCUUAAAAGUAUCAAAUUGAUACUAAAUUGGAUCAAGUUGAUGCCAAAAGAUUCGGAUCCCUUUUUGAUUUGAUUUUUAGUAUAUCAAUUCUUGACUUGCAAGACGCUUUUGAUUUUCACCUUCCGCUGUUUUCAAAAUUGGACAUUAUAUUAAAUGCGUAAGUGAGUCGCGUUUACGAGCGGAUGUGACCGAACGGAUUUUCAAAUCGCAUUCGAUUUAUUCAUUGCGACGUGUAUCGUUGCACAAGUUUUGCUUUCUUUCAAUUGCAAAAUUUACCGUGUGUUUGUCGUUUUUGCAUUCGAUGCUCGAUCAUGAGGAAUCACAUUAUAAAAUGUUGCGCAUUGGGAUUUACCAUUAUCGUAUAGGUUCAAUGAACCACUAUACGAUUGACGGACACUAGGAAAAUUUUUCCAAAGAAUAGAAAAAGAGGAAAAAUUUCAAGACGAUACAAAGUUCCUCCAGUUAGCGUCGACGCUAAGCUUCUAAAUUUGUUUUCUUACGCAGAAGCAAAAGCAAAAAUUAACUCAAUUCUUGAUGGUCGUGAACCUAUAGUGUCGACAAUCAUUGUCGAAAACUAUUUUUUUAAACACUUCAGCACUACAAAUGGUAAUUUUGUUGUUGGUUUUUAAGUCUACAUCGCAUGAGAAUUAUUUUCAAAAUAAAGAUUCAUAAUAAUCGGGAUUUUGUGAAAGGAAAAUUUACACGUUUUAUCAAAGCGGAAGAUGAUGAUGUGCUUAUAAUCAAUCGAUCCGUGACGAUUUUAAUUAACUCGAAUGAAAUUUUAACAAGUGUGGCGUGAUCGGAAUAAUUUAUUAUAAUCAGGUGAAUAUCAAAUUUUGCAAAGCGCAAAAAAGAAAAAACAAAUUUACUAUAGCUCCCUUUUGGAACCUUAGUUUAAUUGAACUAAUUUCUUCUUACCUUUGUUUCAAAAUAUAGAUAUUAUUUUAGAACUUUUUUUAUACCAUGAUAAGAACAGAAUGCCGAAUGUUUAGGAAAAAACAACGAAUUUUUAUCUUGAAAACUGACCUAGAAUACAUAAAUUUUUUUUAUUGAUACUAGUACCCUAAUUGGAUUUUUCUCUUUUUGGUUCUGGAAAAAAAGAAACUUCAGAGUUUUGUCACUUUGGUGAAUAUUUUGGAAAACUUGAAUCUAAUGAAAAUGAGGAAGAAAGAGAGAGAGAGAAAAUUAUUUUGAAAACGCAUCGAAUGGAUAUUCGAAACGCAUUUGUUGUUGCGUCAGAAAAUAUUUUUAAACCUCGAUAAAUAAUGAGGAAAUAGUUUUGCGGGGAAAAUUUGUUUUGGUUUUUAGAGGAUGCAAAACAUAUGGAUGUCUGUGAGAAUAUUACACACAAACACGUGGUCAUUGAGAAAUGAGAUCAGGGCAUCGACAGUUGCGGUGUUCCGUUUGUGAGAGAGACUCGCGCAUAUAUAUGUCUAGGCGACAUGAGAAUUAAAUCAGAAUUAAUGGCUUCGAUAACCGAACUGUCGGGUGAUCUAUGACCUUAUGGCUAUGGCGUAUUAGAGAUGAGAAGAUGAGAAUGCGAGAGAGAAGGAUGGAAGAACCUAUAUCUUAAACGAUUCGAUAAGCGACUCGAACCGCGGACCUUUAGGCGUUGUACAUGACAGGCGGUCGUCUGCUCUUGAUAAAUCACGAGCCAUUCACUUUCUUCUUCUUCUUCUUCUUCUUCAUCUUCGCAUAUAUGUGUGCGUAUACGUUCGUUUGUUCCUUAAAGUCCAGAAUUCUGUUUGGAAAUCAGGAAUUUUGUGAGGAAGAGAAUAAAAUUUUGGGUAUAAUCCUUAACUGUAAAGUUACUUAUUUAAAAAAAAUCAUGUUUUAAAAAAGUAGAAAGUGCGUUAUUGUCGUAGGGGUGUUUUUUUUUAAUUUGUGAUUAGAGGAAGUUUCUGUAGAUGUUACGACACAUAAAGUGCCGACCUUGCCGUGCAGUCACGCCUUUUGCUCAGCAUAAUUUCAGUCCUUUCCGAAGAUGUGCGUGGAGAUUGCAGAUAAUGACCGGCAAUUUGCCGCCUUUUCACGCGAUUCGGUCGCACUUCAGUUUCCUUGGCACGACAAACGUUCUCAUCUGUCCCUUUCCAAUCUUAUUAUAUUAUAGAGUUGUUACACAUAAUUCCUGUAUUUUAUCCUCCCGGUGAAAUCGAUUUUUGCCAGGUGCGAAUUCAAGCUUAUUUCUCGAUACCGCUAAUAAAAUUUUCAACUUUAUUGUUACCUCAUCAUUUCAUUUGGUUUUCGAAAAGCUAAAUUUUUUAGUUUAACACAAUAUAUUUCGUUUCAAAAUAUAUUUUGACUUUUAGAAAAUAGUUUUUGACGCUAACAUAGCAGGAACAUGGAUUUUCAAAAUCCGUUAAUAAGAAAAAGAAGAAGAAAAAGAGAUCAGUAGGUCGCAAUACUUGAAAUGUUUUCACGGUCUAAAAUUAUCGCAAGAAAAACGAGGGAUGAGAGAGGAAAAUAAGUGUGACUAUUGGUUAUGCGUUUGCACAUAUGUCGCAAGUUAUUCUUGUCCCACUAUUUGAACAACUGCCGAAUGAGAACGUGGAGCCAAACAUUAUAGAUAGCGAAACAAUUUGCAGAUCUGUCAAUAGACGAAUCCACGUGUCUUCAAUUUUUUUUCCUCUAUUAACAUUUCCACUGUUCAAAAACAUUUAAUAGGAAAAUGUUCCCAGAAUUAUUUUUCAAAAUAAAAUUCGAUGACGUGAAUGUUCUCUUCCUUUCAGUUUAUUUUUUUCUUGUUUUCUUUUUUUUUUUGUUAGUCAAAGAAGAGGUCGGGUGAAAAGUUCGUAUCUUUCGCGUCGGACCAUUCCGAUGUUUAUGAACGCAAAGAUCGAUCGUAUAUGCCUGAAUGGCGCCUGUCGGCGACCUCGGGGUCCUCGACGGGUGACCACGCAUUGACUUGAAAACUUCUACAUGCGCUCUCUUUCUCUCUCUCUCUCUCUCUCUCUCACUCUCUCUCUCUCUCUAUAGUAGUCGAGCUCUCAAUAGCAGACGCUUAUCAUCCAAUUUCACAACAGUGUUUAUAUAUUUGUCUGUGUGCGUGUAGGUGUAUGUGUGCUUCUCGACUGUUAUGAAUAUAUAUUGGAAGCACGGUCCCAAGCGCAUAUUGUAUAAACUUUACUGUUAAAGCUCCACGUGCGCGUUCGCGAUUAACGCUCAAGUCAGCAGAUGUUCGAUAGACGUAAUCCCCGGUUUGCUUAUCACUCGACGAUAACGAGUGCUUCAGCACCAGGUGGCCGAAAAAACACUUAUCAUUUUUACAAUUUUCUAAAAGUAUCGUAGAUUCCCCCUCCUAACCCCCCGAAAAACCAAGAUCCCUAAAGUUAUCACUGUCGUUAAGCGUCGAAAAAUAUUUUUUACGCGAAACGAAUUUUAAACAUUUUGCAACUUUAUAAAGUACGUCUCAGUUCACUUUUGCUUUUGUUCUACUUAUUUGUUUAAUAAAAUAAAAAUUAUAUUUCGAAAAAGAACUAAAUUAUUAAAGUCCCAUUACUUGUUUGUAAAAAUUCGAUUUGAAUUUCGCGCCAAAAGUUCUGUAACCGUCCGUCCAGAUGUCGAUAAAACUCUCUCACAAGCGGAACUACAACGCUCAGGCCAUAACAUUUACCGGAGUCAUGGAAGGUUCAGAGCGGGACGCUGGUUUUUGCAGUGGAGCUGACGAGGACGAUAUGUCAGGCCUGCAUUCGCCGAGCGCAUCCGAAGACAGUGUCGAGGUUCAAGUGACGCCGAUUUCUUUGCGAAACAAAAGAAAAUUAGCGGAGCCGAGAAAAAUCCUCGAACCCAGUACAGCACCACUGAAAAAGCGACGAAGAUUCGAAAUUCUCCAAGAGACGGACGAGGAAAGUCGACCUGCAACAUCCCCCUCACCCAGUCCCUUCAGGCCCUGGAGUUCAUCAACAAAAACCGAAAGCAAAAAAUCCGUUAAUUCCUGUUUCAAUGUCGACAAAGCAAAAGAUAGUAGUGACGAGCAAAAGCAAACCGAAGAGGAACAAAAGAAAGAAGAAAGAAAAGAGUUGUACCUCCAGGAAGAGGCACAAAGACGUUACGAAGCCAGAAUUCAGGAGGAGGUCCUCCAAAGACUCCACGAGUCAAAUCGAAGACCAACCUCACCCUCGGAAUGUUCCACUCGUUCAUCGGUUUACUCCGGUCAAAGGCGAGAAUCCCGUCAGAGGUUUGAACCGCCACUUCCACCGCCGCCACCGCCAAUGUCAGCCCAUCAAAGGCUUCAAGACGAACCACUCUCUCUGGUUCUUCGAGGCGAAGUUCUCCGAGGUGAAGUUCCCCGAGUGCCCUCCCAUCCGGCAGUAAGUGGCGGCUCCUUCGAGAGGCCGACGACCUACCACAUGGAUCACGUAUUACCAUCUCAGACGACAUCCAACGAUCACGCGAGGCAUCAUCUUCCUAACGGUCAGCAGAGAAAUUACAAGAACAUGACCCGCGAACGGAGGAUAGAGGCGAACGCAAGGGAACGAACGCGGGUGCACACAAUCAGCGCCGCGUUCGAUACCCUUCGACGUGCGAUACCCGCAUACUCCCACAAUCAAAAACUAUCCAAACUCUCGGUUCUCAGGAUCGCGUGCAGCUACAUCAUGACCCUCAGUAAAAUAGUCAACACACCCGAGGGCGAACCCGAGAACAAUGUCUCCCUCGGUGCUUGCGUCGAUCUUGUCUCCAAAACAAUACAAACCGAGGGCAAACUAAGAAAAAAGAAAGACGAAUAAUUCCCAUUAUUAAUCGUAUCCAAAAGUUGGACAUUCAAUUCUCAUUUCUCAAUCUUCAAGAAUCCGAAAGUUUAAACCCGAAAGAAAGUAAACUUAUCCAACUAAGAUCCAACUAAAAGUUGGGAUCUUCAAAAGAUUGGUUUUUGGAAACCGAAAAACAUAGUCCGAAACCCAUCAGAAAGUAAACUUAUCCAACCAAGAUCCAACUAAGAGUUGGAUCUUCAAUAAUCUUCAAAAGAUUGGUUUUUGGAAAAAACCAACUAAAUAGUCCAACUAAAUAGUCAAAUACGUGGGAAUUAUUAUUAUAAUACGUCAUUUUAAAGAUCAAAUUCUCAAAGCCAUUGAGUCUCUUUUACCUGACCUACCUUUACUCCAAGAUGCUCAAAGCUGUGCUCGCCAACUUGCCUAAGUGUUAAUUUAGAUAAAAUGUAUAAAUCAGUGCCAGAUAUGCUUGACAAUAUUUAAUAAAUGAUAGCGAAUCUAGUUCCCCCUCACACCCCCUCUCUAGUUUCCGAUGUAGAACUCAAAUCUCUGUCGUUUUUUCGUCUUCUCGUUAUACACGACAAUAAAAAAAAAAAAACUCAACAAUCGUUAGAAUAUUUAAGUAAAUAAAAAUUCUUUCCAAAAACAACAUAUAUGUACUCUGUCUUAUCCAAAAUAAUCUUUGUCUUCGAAUGAUAAAAACUAUUUCACUCUCUAAAUCUGCUGGCAACAAAAAAGUUUUUUUUGUAGAAUAGGGAAAAUUUUAACAGGCCUCGGAUGGACUUUAAGACACAUGAAAAAAAGCCGCUUUAGUCGAUUAAAAAUACAAAAAAAGGCGAAAAAUUCUAUUUAAUUCAGUGUUGCAACAAAAAUUUUAUCAAUUUAAAGAAUUUUUUA